AUGACAAUGUUUGAAGCUGUCCCCAGUGUCUCCAUGAGAGAUCUUCGGUUCAACAGAAUCAGAGAGAUCCAACCUGGGGCAUUCAGGAGGCUGAGGAACUUGAACACACUGCUUCUUAACAACAACCAGAUCAAGAAGAUUCCCAAUGGUGCAUUUGAGGACCUGGAGAACUUAAAAUACCUCUAUUUGUACAAGAAUGAGAUCCAGUCAAUUGACAGGCAAGCAUUUAAGGGACUUGCCUCUCUAGAGCAACUGUACCUGCACUUUAAUCAGAUAGAAACGCUGGACCCUGAAUCCUUCCAGCACCUGCCGAAGCUGGAGAGACUGUUUUUACAUAACAACCGUAUCACACACUUAGUUCCUGGGACGUUCAGCCAAUUGGAGUCCAUGAAACGGCUGCGAUUGGACUCAAAUGCACUUCACUGUGACUGUGAAAUCCUGUGGCUAGCAGAUCUGCUGAAGACAUAUGCCCAAUCUGGCAAUGCACAAGCAGCAGCUACCUGCGAGUAUCCCAGACGCAUCCAAGGACGCUCUGUGGCUACCAUUACCCCAGAAGAGCUGAACUGUGAAAGGCCCCGGAUCACCUCAGAGCCACAGGAUGCAGAUGUAACCUCAGGGAACACAGUGUACUUUACCUGCAGAGCUGAGGGCAACCCCAAACCUGAGAUCAUCUGGCUUCGAAACAAUAACGAGCUGAGCAUGAAGACAGAUUCUCGCUUAAACUUGCUGGAUGAUGGCACACUGAUGAUCCAGAACACACAGGAGGCCGAUGAGGGUGUCUACCAGUGCAUGGCAAAAAACGUGGCUGGAGAGGCGAAAACACAGGAGGUGACCCUCAGGUACUUGGGGUCUCCAGCCCGACCCACUUUUGUAAUCCAGCCACAGAACACAGAGGUACUGGUGGGUGAGAGUGUCACUCUGGAGUGCAGUGCCACAGGCCACCCUCUGCCUCAGAUCACCUGGACAAGAGGUGACCGGACACCCUUGCCGAUUGACCCUCGUGUGAAUAUCACGCCUUCUGGAGGACUGUAUAUACAGAAUGUCGCCCAAAGUGACAGCGGCGAGUACACGUGCUUUGCAUCCAACAGUGUGGACAGUAUUCAUGCCACAGCCUUCAUCAUUGUACAAGCCCUUCCUCAGUUCACUGUGACCCCUCAGAGCCGAGUGGUCAUUGAAGGCCAGACUGUGGAUUUUCAGUGUGAGGCUAAGGGCUACCCUCAGCCAGUCAUCGCCUGGACCAAAGGAGGGAGCCAGCUCUCAGUGGACAGGCGGCACCUGGUGCUGUCCUCAGGAACACUCAGGAUCUCUGGAGUGGCCCUGCAUGACCAGGGCCAGUAUGAGUGCCAGGCUGUCAACAUCAUCGGCUCCCAGAAGGUCGUGGCCCACCUGACUGUACAACCCAGAGUCACCCCGGUAUUUGCAAGCAUUCCCAGUGACAUGACUGUUGAGGUGGGCACCAACGUGCAGCUGCCUUGUAGCUCCCAGGGGGAACCGGAGCCAGCUAUCACCUGGAACAAGGAUGGUGUUCAGGUAACAGAAAGUGGAAAAUUUCACAUCAGCCCUGAAGGAUUCUUGACCAUCAAUGAUGUUGGCACUGCCGACGCCGGUCGCUAUGAGUGUGUAGCUCGGAAUACAAUUGGAUAUGCCUCUGUGAGCAUGGUACUCAGUGUGAAUGUUCCUGAUGUAAGUCGAAAUGGGGAUCCAUAUGUUGCUACCUCUAUCGUUGAAGCCAUCGCAACUGUUGACAGGGCCAUCAACUCUACAAGGACACACUUGUUUGACAGCCGUCCUCGUUCUCCAAAUGACCUACUCGCUCUGUUCCGGUACCCACGGGAUCCAUACACAGUGGGACAAGCAAGGGCAGGAGAGAUAUUUGAGCGGACCCUGCAGCUGAUCCAGGAGCAUGUUCAGCAUGGCUUGAUGGUCGACUUGAAUGGAACAAGUUACCACUACAAUGAUCUAGUAUCCCCGCAGUAUCUGAGCCUCAUCGCCAACCUGUCUGGCUGCACUGCACACCGUCGCGUGAACAACUGCUCAGACAUGUGCUUCCACCAGAAGUAUAGGACACACGAUGGCACAUGCAACAAUCUACAGCACCCGAUGUGGGGUGCCUCACUGACCGCCUUCGAGCGCCUGCUGAAAGCUGUGUAUGAGAAUGGAUUCAACACACCGCGGGGCAUUAAUCCCCAGCGUCAGUACAAUGGACAUGUACUACCCAUGCCUCGCCUGGUGUCUACCACACUGAUUGGGACAGAGGUGAUCACCCCUGACGAGCAGUUCACACACAUGCUGAUGCAAUGGGGCCAGUUUCUUGACCAUGACUUAGACUCUACAGUGGUGGCCCUGAGCCAGGCCCGCUUCUCUGAUGGCCAGCAUUGCAGCUCGGUGUGCAGCAAUGACCCGCCCUGCUUCUCAGUCAUGAUCCCCCCCAACGAUCCACGGGUGCGGAGUGGCGCCCGAUGCAUGUUCUUCGUGCGAUCGAGCCCCGUGUGUGGCAGCGGCAUGACGUCCCUGCUCAUGAACUCUGUGUACCCUCGAGAGCAGAUCAACCAGCUCACCUCUUACAUUGAUGCAUCCAAUGUGUAUGGCAGCACAGACCACGAAGCCCGCAGCAUCCGGGACCUGGCCAGCCAUCGCGGCCUGCUACGUCAGGGCAUUGUGCAGAGGUCUGGCAAGCCCCUGCUUCCCUUCGCCACAGGGCCACCCACUGAGUGUAUGCGUGAUGAGAAUGAGAGCCCAAUACCAUGCUUUCUGGCUGGCGACCACCGUGCCAACGAGCAGCUGGGCCUGACCAGCAUGCAUACGCUGUGGUUCCGGGAGCACAACCGGAUUGCAGCAGAGCUGUUGAAGCUGAACCCGCACUGGGAUGGGGACACUGUCUACCAUGAGACGCGCAAGAUAGUGGGGGCGGAGAUACAGCACAUCACCUACCGGCACUGGCUACCCAAGAUCCUGGGGGAGGUCGGCAUGAAGAUGCUUGGUGAGUACCGGGGCUACGACCCCGGUGUCAAUGCUGGCAUCUUUAAUGCCUUUGCCACUGCAGCCUUCAGGUUUGGUCACACUCUGAUCAACCCUCUGCUCUACCGGCUGGAUGAGAACUUUGAGCCCAUCCCACAGGGCCAUGUGCCCCUCCACAAAGCCUUCUUCUCACCCUUCCGGAUUGUCAACGAGGGGGGCAUCGACCCACUUCUCCGAGGGCUGUUUGGCGUGGCGGGGAAGAUGCGCAUUCCCUCUCAGUUGCUGAACACGGAGCUCACGGAGAGGCUCUUCUCCAUGGCGCACACAGUGGCCCUUGACCUGGCUGCCAUCAAUAUCCAGCGAGGCCGGGACCAUGGCAUCCCACCCUACCAUGACUACAGGGUCUACUGCAACUUGUCAGCUGCCUAUACCUUUGAGGACCUGAAGAACGAGAUCAAGAGCCCUGUGAUUCGGGAGAAACUGCAGAGGCUAUAUGGCUCGACUCUCAACAUUGAUCUGUUUCCAGCCCUCAUGGUGGAAGACCUGGUCCCUGGCAGCCGCCUGGGGCCCACACUCAUGUGCCUGCUCAGCACACAGUUCCGACGCCUGCGGGAUGGAGACAGGUUGUGGUAUGAGAACCCAGGCGUGUUCUCCCCCGCCCAGCUGACCCAGCUCAAGCAGACGUCCCUGGCGAGGAUCCUUUGUGACAACUCAGACAACAUCACCCGUGUGCAGCAGGAUGUGUUCAGGGUGGCAGAGUUCCCACACGGUUACAGCAGCUGCGAGGACAUCCCCAGAGUGGACCUGCGAGUGUGGCAAGACUGUUGUGAAGACUGUAGGACCAGGGGACAAUUCAAUGCCUUCUCCUACCAUUUCCGGGGAAGACGAUCUCUCGAAUUCAGCUAUGAGGAGGAUAAGCCCACAAAGAGAGCCAGGUGGCGGAAAGCACUAAGUGUAAAACAUGGCAAACAUCUUAGCAAUGUCACAUCAGCCACCCAUGAGCACUUGGAAGGGCCAGCAACUAAUGAUCUCAAGGAGUUUGUUCUGGAAAUGCAAAAGAUCAUCACAGACCUCAGAAAACAGAUAAACAGCCUGGAGACUCGGCUCAGUACCACAGAGUGUGUGGAUGACAGUGGUGAAACCCACGGCAGCAACACGAAGUGGAAAAAAGACACAUGCACGGUUUGUGAGUGCAAAAAUGGCCAGGUCACCUGCUUUGUGGAAGCUUGCCAGCCUGCAGCCUGCCAGCAGCCUGUGAAAGUCGAAGGUGCUUGCUGUCCUGUCUGCUUAAGGAACACUGCAGAGGAAAAGCCUUAGUGUUCCCGAGCUGAGCUCCUCGAAGCUGGUCCACAGAAUCCUUGUGAGCCAAGAUGACAGCAUGGGGAGCUUCAGACCACAGGACAAGUUGGGAUCUCAGACAUUUCAGGACCUCUGCUGUGCCAUCGCAAAAGCAGCCGGGGCUGCUUCAGACCUUGUGUUUGUAGAAGGAAAUUGAGCAGGCAGGAGUGGGUGCAGGCUCUGGCCCUCACUUCAUGUUAGACUUCUCAGGUUUAUAUUUAAGUGUUUUCAAAUAGAAAAUUGGUGCUACUAUUAAAUCACACAGUUAAGACAUGGGUUUCGACAUUGCUUCUGCCUGAUGAUGCCAUUUCUGUUUAAACGAGGCAGGAGGUCUUUGACAGGCUUCAUUUAAACAAGCAUUUGGCAAACGAACAGUAUCUUAUAAAAUAACAUCCUGGGCCACAAUCCCUACAGGGAUACUAGGGGUUUCUUCCACCACUCUUUCAUGUCUGCUAUCUUCCUCUUCAGGGCCCUUCAGCAUCUAAUAACAAUACCGACACAAUCCUGCACCUUGGGACCAUGUCCGCCCUUCUACACACGACUGUCACAUUAUUAAGCCACAUUUAGAAAUAAUCUUGUUUCCACUUAGAACGUGUGUAAAUACUGCCUUGCUGUAAACUGAAUGUGAAAUCCUUUGGUCCCAUGCCAUGUUGAAUGACCUGAACAGCCCUUUGCAUUGGUAGGAUGGUCUGCAGCCACCACCUGCCUUGGUUCCUGGCCACAAUGUAGGGAGGGUGAUUCACUCUCCAGGUCCUUUGAAUAGAUGACAGACAGGCAGAGCCUGAAUGUCAGGAAAUCACAUUGUGUGAAUGCUUUAAAGGAAAAAAAAAAUCCCUAUACCUCAUUUUUUAUUGCAUGAUGUUUUAUAAAAAUUUGCCCAUUUUAGAUGUUAGAAAAAAUUAUUUCCACUAUGCAAAUUUUUUUUAAUUCAGUGAAAAGCAACUAUUAUACCUCAUAGUCUCUUGUUUUUAAUUGACCAAAAUAUUCCAUUCUAGUCUCAUAAGGUUCUGAGGACUCUUUCUGAACAAGCAAGUCUCACCUUAUAUACACUGAUGUGCCCAGCACUGUAUGCCAGCCAUUGUGGGUACAUCAAGAGGGUCACCUCCCCCAGGGCUGGGGAGGAAUACCUCAAGGACUCAGACGAGUCAAUGUCAGUUGGAAAAGGACAAAAUGGAUGCCAUUAUAGGGAGACCAUGGUCAGAUAGGGAGUUGUUCAGUUCCUUGAAGCCUCUGGCUUAUGUUGGGCAGUAAGGCCAUUGUGGUGUGUAUGUAUAUGAUCCCCAUGCUGAUAUGAUUACCUUCCUAGAGAUAGACACAAAGCCACAUGUGUAAGGUUGCUGAGCAGAGAUAGCAUCCCAGCAUGGGCAUGUUCAUGGUGGAUUCACCACAUUGCAUAUGGAAAAGUGGUCACCUUGUCUUAACCCUCAUGUUGCUAAUGAUAUUCAGAAGCUGGUGGUCCAGCAGGGGCAGACAUUCAUGAAAUAUUAAGUUGAACUUAGUGAUGAGAUUUCAGAACAGACUUCUGUGAAGUAGGAGACGUAACCAUGCAUCUGAAAUCUGAUGGCCAUGUAAUUGCUCAGGCAUGGAAAUGGUGGGAGAGCCUGCCCUGGGUAUCUGGUGUCUCACAUGAGCCCCAGGGGUAUGUCUUGUGCCAAGACACAAAAGUGUCCAUGGAGCUUAGACAGGUGCCAAGGGUUUUUGUUUUCUGCUCCUGUGUGGGAAGCUGGCUGUGAUUUACAUCAUUUUCUGUAUUUCAAACCAAGAUGUCUGCAGAUCUCCAUUUUGAUGUUACAGCCACAUUGUCCAGGCAGUGGACAGUGACCAGAUACCCUUUUUGACUAGCCACUGCACUGGGCUUCUGUGAUUCAAAGUAGUGUACAUAUUUAUUUACUUUUCUGACUGUUGCCAACAGCCAAAUGACAUUUUAUGUUCCUUGUAUCCAGUCCAUUACCAAAGAGGUGUUUGCACUUUGUAAUGACGCCUUUCAGUUCAAAUAAAAGGACCACAUCGUCAAAUGGAGAA